GGCGAGGGCGGCAGCCGCCAGGAGGAGCCCGGGAAGGGCAGGGAGGGGACAGCGCGCAGCCGACGGGCAGUGAUCUAGCAUUAGUGGUUUGUGGUAAGCAGAGAAGUGAUGGCUGCUUUUAAGUUGGAUUUCCUCCCAGAAAUGAUGGUGGAUCAUUGCUCCUUGAAUGCCAAUCCUAUCUCAAAGAAAAUGAAUGGCACACUGGAUCAUCCUGACCAACCAGACAUAGAUGCCAUUAAGAUGUUUGUGGGCCAGGUCCCACGGAGUUGGUCUGAAAAAGAUUUGCGAGAACUAUUUGAACAGUAUGGUGCUGUCUAUGAAAUUAAUGUCCUGCGGGACAGGAGCCAAAACCCUCCUCAGAGCAAAGGGUGCUGUUUUGUUACAUUUUAUACCCGUAAAGCUGCACUAGAAGCACAGAAUGCUCUUCAUAACAUGAAGAUCCUCCCAGGGAUGCACCAUCCCAUCCAAAUGAAGCCAGCUGAUAGUGAAAAGAAUAAUGCAGUGGAAGAUAGGAAACUGUUCAUUGGGAUGAUCUCAAAGAAGUGCAAUGAAAAUGAUAUCAGAGUGAUGUUUUCCUCCUUUGGGCAGAUUGAAGAAUGCAGAAUUUUACGGGGUCCUGAUGGCCUAAGCCGAGGUUGUGCUUUUGUGACUUUUACGACAAGAGCUAUGGCACAAACAGCAAUCAAAGCAAUGCAUCAAGCACAGACCAUGGAGGGCUGUUCUUCUCCCAUCGUAGUGAAAUUUGCAGAUACCCAGAAGGAUAAAGAACAGAAGCGAAUUGCACAGCAGCUCCAGCAACAGAUGCAACAGAUCAGUGCUGCCUCCGUUUGGGGAAACCUGGCUGGACUGAACACACUUGGACCCCAGUACUUAGCACUUUAUUUACAGCUCCUUCAGCAGACAGCAGCCGCCUCCUCUGGGAAUCUGAACACACUGGGCAGCCUCCAUCCUAUGGGAGGGUUGAAUGCGAUGCAGUUGCAGAACCUAGCUGCAUUAGCAGCUGCAGCAAGCGCAGCUCAGAGUACGCCAAGUGGUACAACUGCACUCAAUUCUUCCAACAGUCCUCUAAGUGUACUCACUAGUUCAGCAGGUUCAUCACCCAGUUCCAGUAGCAGCUCCUCUGUUAACCCAAUGGCUUCUCUUGGAGCACUUCAAACAUUGGCAGGGGCUACUGCAGGCCUCAAUGUUGGCUCUUUAGCAGGAAUGGCAGCGUUAAAUGGUGGGCUAGGCAGUGGUGGCCUAUCAAAUGGCACAGGGAGCACAAUGGAGGCCCUAACUCAGGCCUACUCUGGGAUCCAACAGUAUGCCGCUGCUGCAUUGCCCACACUCUACAACCAGAGUCUGUUAACGCAGCAAAGUAUUGGUGCAGCAGGAAGUCAAAAGGAAGGUCCAGAGGGAGCCAAUCUAUUCAUCUACCACCUCCCCCAAGAAUUUGGGGACCAAGACCUGCUGCAGAUGUUCAUGCCUUUUGGGAAUGUCGUCUCUGCCAAGGUUUUCAUUGACAAGCAGACCAAUCUGAGCAAGUGUUUCGGUUUUGUAAGUUAUGACAAUCCAGUCUCUGCACAGGCUGCCAUCCAGUCAAUGAAUGGAUUUCAGAUUGGCAUGAAACGACUGAAAGUACAGCUCAAGCGCUCUAAGAAUGACAGCAAGCCAUACUGAGCGCCCCUCCCCUCUGGAACUGGAGCGAGAAGGAUCUUCUGGUAAGUUGGGGAGGAGUGCGCUUAGAGAUUCAAAAACUCUUUAAGGCUGUAUUUUUACAGUCACAGAAGCUGAUUGAUGUCAUUCUAUCUGGCACAUCUUCCCCUGAAGACUCGGCUGCAGCCUCUACUGGGAAUUCUUCGGAUGGAGGACAAGUUUGUGCUUUUGUUUCCAGUGUUUUACUUUGGAGUUUAGGUGCCAUAUUGCUUUUUUUUUUAAAAAAAAGUUUGCUGUGUUUGUAACCAGUGUGUUUUGAGAAGGACCAAUGCCAGCCACCUUGGAGAGGAAAGGAAAACAGCAGGUGCAAUUGGAACUGACACUGCAUGACUUAGACAUGAGGAGGAGAAAGUAAACAGAUCUAUUGCCAGAUCCCAAGUGAUAUUCAUGAAAAGAGGGAGGGGGAAGAUCUGAAUCCAAACCACUUGGUGGCUGGUUAGUGAACAGACCCCAUGAAGCCUUGCCAAACUCAUUUCCCCAGAUUUACUUCGCUAAUGCCUUGCGUGAGGACCUUACACUGAAUCAUUUACUAGUGUAGGAGAAAAGUAAUUGGGCAAAAAUAUUCAUGUGUUAAAGGAAAACUGCAGUAAUGAUACAGUACAUUUCUAUAGUGCAGUGAGUGUGGUUGCAGCAUACAAAAUGAACCAGUGAUGUUUUUCAUGAGACAUUCACAAUUCAGCCCGAGCAACCAUUUAAAAACUAGGAACUGCCAAACUAGUCAAUUUAAUGCAGGUGUUUUAACUUAUGAUCUGCUGCAAAUUCUGUAUAUCUUGCUGAUUUCCUAUGUUGUUUCUGCCCCAGUUCUACAGCUUGAACUGACUAGAAACCAUGCUCAUAAAAUCCACCUUAAAUCCACCUUAGUAUUAAACUGACAGAUGGCUUUUAAAUAAGCUCAUGUUGCCUGAUUUCUGGCAUUCUGCUCUUUUGUGCAAUUUCUACAAGUGAGCGUCCAGAAUACUAUUGUCCCAAAGAUCUACUUUUCAUACAUAGUACCAUCUUGCUACAUUGCAGUUUUCCUUUGAGUGUGUGUGCCAAUAUAAAACAUAAAGGGCUACAUGCAAAAGGCUGAAUCUGCACAGAAUCUUGAUCCUGCCUUUAUAUUGUCUGUAGCCAAAUGCCUAAUAACUCCAAAGUCAAAUUUACUCCCCUGCUCUAAUGCACACCUACUUUUUCACACAUGUGUAUUGGCCAAAGUGUUAAAGGGUUUUUUGUACACAUUGAUAACAUGGGACUAAAGGGAAGUUUUGACAUUCUGGCCUAAGCCAUGGCAAGGUCAGCAUAGAACCUAGCCUAAGAGUCACAAAAAGCCCCCUUCUCUGUGGGGAAAUUUACAGUAUUAUGUAUAGAUUCAAUGUACUACCACUUCCUCAACUUAUUUUCUUUCUCAUAUCACGUUCAUGCUUUUUCAAAGCACACCAGCCAACCCACAAGUCUUGUGCUUGGAAAUCAGGCAUUUAAGGGGAAGAGGGAGCAGAUUAAAAUAAAAUAGGCUUCCAAUUCACUCCAUCAGGAAGAGCUACAAAACUCAUCAAGCUUGAAAUUCCAUUUCAGAAUGUGCUGGGCAUGGUAAGCUCAGUAGGAGAAUCAGGCAUGACCAGGGACUGGGUCCCCUGGUGUGUUAAACCUCAGAAGUAUAAAUUGUGUAAGACCAUCCAUCUCAGGUCACAUGAUCUUUUCUCCUGAAUUUGGACGUUUUGUUGUUGCAAACGUGUCUGUAAUUUUGAUGGAUGGCAUAGUAAAAAUUUAAACUGUCAGUAUUAUAAAGCACACACAGCAGUGGCAAAAAAGUUGAACAGUCAGACUGCCAAAUUUCCCAUUUAUGCUGGCAUGUGGUACCCUUCUGUGUUGAAUACAUGGGUCUAUUCAGAAGAAUAUGCAUACACUUAGGUGAACUGUAUACAUUGAUUUUUGUGCACUAGAAAAAGUUGUGUCCUGAUAUUCUAAGAGGAAAAAAUGUUGGAGUGUUGAGGCUUCCAGAGUUGUCAUGGGAUUUUUUUUAUAAAUAAUAUACUUUUCAGGGGGGGGGGGAAGGUCAUGGUUGGGAGCAGCUGCUCCAGUUGCAACCUGAUAUAACCAAGAAUGUUGUUUCUAUUUUUAUAGAAGUUUUAUACUGCUCUAGGGUGGAGAAUAUUUAUUAUCUAAAUUAUUUCACUGGAAACGACCAGGGUUUGCAUAAUCCUGAAUGUGAUUGUGUUACACAUACAUACAACAAUGUGCAUGAUUUAAACUACUGACUUUCGGUGGCCUGUUUGCAGCUGGACAAACUGCUAAAUAGGAAAAGAAUUAAUGCUGUGAACCAGUGGAGGGGGAAAGCUGUGCUCAAGUUUCUCUAUAGUCACUCCUCCCAGUACCUCCUCUGUCCCCUGCUCUCUCUCCCAGUCCUUUUCUUCGUUUCUCUUUCAGCCAUCCCUGUUGUCUUCUCUAAAUAAUGUUCUAUCAUUCUAUUUAAUAUCCAUGACUUUCAUAAUAUAUUUGUACACUUUCAUUAUGGCCACUAUGAGGCAAAUCAUCUGUUGAAUUAACAAAAUAACACUUGGGCCUAUAUUUGUCCUGUAAUAUUUUCUAAGAAGUAUGAAUCAUAUGAAUGUCCUCAUCCCAAGUGAUGUUGUUACUAAAGCACAAAUAUCCAGGUUAAAUUCCAAAAAUCAAACAUUUGGGAUAUAUUGGCAAAGUGCUUUUCAUGCUGCUGCUCUAAACUACUUUAGCUGGAAUACUUGAACCAAAAUAUGCCUUUCUCCUCAAUUCCACUUGAUUUAUUGAUCUGGACAUGCAUGUUUUUCAGAAAACAUAAUAAAUUACGUCUCUCGAGUAGGUUCUCUGUUGGCAAAAGGUUCAUUUUUAUAUAUAUUACAUGGAUAGAUACAUACAGAUAUAUAAAUAUAUCACACAGCUUUCCCAUCUUGAUCCAAUCUGUCAUGCUUGAUUUUUUUUCUGCUUAGUUUAUUCCUUCCUCACCUCCCCUUUCCAGAUUUGAGCCGAUAUUUUGGCAGGAAACCCUGGAUACUAUCUUGUUUGCUGUCCUUCUGAGGCAAAUCAGAUUAGUCAUUUGUGUUUGGUCCAGUGCAACAAACAGAUCAAAUUGAAAUGCUCACUGAUUUAAUUGUACCAUAUCAAAAAUAGUCAGUUGCAUAUCAAAUUAUAUUUAACCUUGAACAUAAUGUUAGGUGUAUUUUAGAUUAAAACAAGUUCUCAGAAUAAAAUGAGUGUUUUCUGUUAUAUGGAGACAUGAGAAAUGAAGAAAUGGAGACAUGUUAUACUAAGAGCUAUUGCAGGCAGUUAACAUUUAUGAAGCAAAUAAUUGAAGUAUCACUUUCCAAAAAAGCCUUAUUUUUAUAAGAAAAAAAUAGGCUCCAUACAACUGCUGAUGAACUUGCUAUAGGAUUGUCUAGAUUUUCUAUGUGACUCUUUAACCUGUGUGUGUCUUGCUGAUGGUGUAAAUGUAUGAGCUUCCUGUUGGAAGAGAGAAUCUGUUUGGUAUACUUCAUGUUAAGAAUGAAAAUCCCAAGGAUGCUAAUCGUUAGUCUGGCAUAGUUAAAUUCUGUAAACCUCUAAUUCCUUCAUCAAAUGCACUGGGUUGGAUCCAGGGUCUCCUCCCACCAGUGGGGGCACUCACUGAGUGAAGUUCCACUCAGGACAUGACAGCGGGAAGGCAAUCUUUACUGAUUCCCCCUCCUCCCAUAGGCUCAAAUGCAUAAGGGACUGCAGGGGAAGUGAGGAUUGCCUCAUCUCCCACUGGGACAGUGGAAAUGCCCUGCUGGAUCAGAAGCCUGCUACUGAUGGAAGGAGCCCUUCUGUCUGUAGAACACAAACUCUAGGUCCAGGCCAGUGUUGUUGUUUUUCCACCAAGGUAACUUUAAAAUUAAAUACAGUAGUAUAGCUUAACACAUGUAAACAGAAAUCAAAGGUGAGCAUCCCUUGGAAAUCCACACACACACAUAGACGGAUGUUUAGUGUCACUGAGCUGAAAUGUAAUUGUUUCAAUCAUGAUGUUGUGCUACAUCUUUGACUAUAAUCAGAAUGGAAGUUAGGGCAGACCUAAGAAGCACAUUUCCCCCAAUAAUCACAUGCUGCCUCAGACAGUUUUUGUGUGUGUACACCAUCUCAUUAACAGAAUGCUUAAAUGUAUUUGUCCUUGCAAAUUAUGUCUUUUGUGUUGUGCCCCCUAUUAGAGAUUCUAUCAGCUCUGGGGGAAAAAAAUCUCAAGUUGCUUUCAGACAAAAUUCAUUCCACUCAAACUGGCAACAGUGACUGUAGAACUUCUGAGAGUCCAGAAUUCCUCCUCACAAAGUCAGGGAGCAGGAUUUAUUUAUUGAAGGAGUUGCAAAAGAAAGUUUAUUUGCAGGCAUCCUAGUAAAAAGGGCUCAGCUGAAGCAAGUCUUAACUUGCAAUCAAGUCUUAAUUCCUUCCUAUUUCAUAGGGGUUUCAGUCCAACCUGUAUACCUUAUCUCAUUUUUUGGGCUCUCUUUGUUUCCUAAAGAAUAUCUGAAACAAAGAGGGCUACUACUGACUAAGCAUGCCCCAUAAUAGGAAAGAAGAAAGUAUCUCAACCAUCAGUCCCCCAUUGGAUUCCUUCUUUGUCUCCCAUCUCUAAGAAUCUGAACACACACACACACACACACACACACACACACACACACACACACGGAACCACAUUUUAUGGAGUCAGUUUCUAGUGGAGGGGGCUUAGUGUGUUGUCUUCCUCGAGCAGAAGUAGCAAGAACACUGGCUCAGGGCUGUGAUGACUGCACAGCCAUCUGUGUGCCACUAAGCCAUAGUCCAUCCUGUAGCCAGUGUCUAAAGGGAAUCCCAGGCCUCUGCUUCCAUUUGGUUUCUGACAGUUUUUGACAUUUAUUUGGUGUCUUAUGCACUUCGACUUUUACUUGUUCAUUGUUGGCAUGUGCUGCCCUUCCCUGUCAACCCCCCUCCCCAAGAGGUCUCAUUGUACACUGCUCAUUCCUGUUUUUUCUCUCUCUCUCUUUCUCUCUGUUUGGAUGUACUGCUCUGUGUAACUCAGUGGGUCUCCUUCUUUCUGGUUUGUUUUUUUUCUAGAUUCCUGCCGUUUGUUCAUCGUUGUGCCUAAAGCAUGUCGAUGUGGCGUUCAAGUACAUCGUCCAAAUCCUUGUCUCUUCAGCUUCUCUGAUGCUUGAACUCUCACCUUUUGACCUUGUGUUGACUUUUGAUGCUGAUGUGUAUUUUUAUUAUGUUUGUUACUUCUUUCUUUCUUUUUUUUCUUUCUUUUUUUUUCUUUUUUGUGCUGCCAAAUUGGUUUUGCUAGAAAGACUGCUGAAGGGGAAUAUUUAAACUUGCAUUUGAAUAUAAAAGAAUUCUAUUUUUCUAGAACUUCGUAAGAUAACCACUUGAUUUUGUGAUUCUGAUUCUUUGUAAUUGUCUUCAGAGCAGCCUUGCUAGCAUACCUCGUGGAGUAUUUGUAUUUCUGUGAACAUACAGCCAAUCACUUUCUAGGCUUAGUUUUUUCUGUGUGCUUAGUUUUAAAACAAAUCUUUGAAGGAAAAAGUAAAAUGAUGCAACUUUAAACUUUCAGGAGGCUUCUGGUCACAUUUUGCUGAAUCUACUUUCUGUGCUUGAAGAGACAGCAUGUAUUCUUUGACUUGAGUAGCCUCAGCAGAAAACACUUGAACUACAUUUUCUCCUGAUUGUAGCUGCAUUUUUGCUCUGGCACUUACUGCUUUUUCCUUCCUGUGUGAUUAUCAGCCUUUGUCUGCAGUGAAAGUUUAAUCAAAGUUGGUGUUGUAUUUUGUUAAACCCUAGCAUGCUUAGUUUUUGUAACUACAAUCUCCUCAGCAAAAUGUGAGAUUUUGUUUGUUUUUUCGUUUAAAAACUCAAAUAAUGCCCUUGUAAACGUUUUGCAUGUUUCCUGCUGUGUUCUUCACAAUCUUGUAUAUAUACACCCUUCACCUCUGUUUUCUAUAGUUUGUGCAAAAACUGAGCAAUUUAAUAGGUUUCAAAGCUGUCCUUUUUGGGAUGCCAGACUUGUGGUCAUAUGUCACGUAAGGACAUCUCCUGUGCAUUUAGACUGCUUUACACAGUAUCUACACCUUGCUCUAUCAUCACAGCUAUGGAAAGGUCUCAGGGGGCUUGAUUGCACUGUUCCGGUGGUGGUAGGGGUGAUGGUGGCGGCAGGGAUAGAAGUUCAACAGAAAGAUGUGGGAUGUUUGCAGUAAUAUUGCUUCUAAGAUCCAAUGGAGCUAAAGCUCUUUUGGGGUAGCCUUAAUUUGUACCUCUUGUUUAAUAUGUGGCUUGUUUUGUGAGGUUUAACACCAUUAAAUCUCUGUGGAAAGAAGCUUGAUUGCUCUCCAGUCUUUACACUUGAAAUAGCAUGUUCUGCAUAUCCCAUAGAAGGAAUCUGUAAGCCUAGGCACAAAACUGCUGGCUCUUUCCCCAAGUGAUAAGCACAAUAUAACAGCCUAGUAGCUGUUACCUGAACAGGGUACCAACCCCGGCUCCUUUUCUCAGGGGCCUUAGCUGGGGGAUCUCCUGUAUGGAGACUUUUUUUUUAGUUUUUGUUCUUAAAUUGGGUAAGGAGUCAUGCAGUUUUUCUGUUUUUCUUUUCCUUCCCCCCCCCUUUUUUUUUCCUUUUUUCUUUUUCUUUUUCUUUUUCUUUUUCUUUCUGGCCUGGUGAAGAAAUGGGACAGAUUAUCCUUCUCUGGGAAACAUGCUUCAGCCUUGCUGCACAUAUGACCUACUGUAGAAGCUGAGACUUAGUACUGGGUUUCACAGCACCUGCAAGAAAUUUCUGUGGUAGGUGCCGAAUCACAAGGGGCAAAGGGAUGGGGAAGCUAUCAAGGAACUAUAAUAGGAGGAAGGAGUGUGAAGCAAAAUAUUUGGAGAGUUAAGGGUGUGUGGGAGACCUAUCUAGGCCAUAUGGAGUGUUAGUUUGUUCUGUUGGGGACAAAACAAAGUCCCCACCCUAUGGUUGGGUGGGUAAUAUUUCUCCAUGCUUGUUAGAUAAAUAUGCAUAGGUAGCUUUUCCCUCAACCUUGUGAUCAUCACCUUUUCAGGGUGACAGUUGCUUGAAAAGGGAUAUGGCUGCAUUAUCUGGGGGUGCAGCUGUGAGAUGGUUGCUCUUAGGCUCACAGUCGCAAUGCACAGGGAUGUCUGAUGGCAGGGAAGUCGAGACCCUGCAAUGUAUUGAUUAAUUUUGCCAAUACAUUUCUUUACAAUGUGCGUACAGUUUCAUGAGGAACUCUGGAGAAUCCUGUGGAAAAAAAAAAUCUCUAGAGAAAACCAAAAUGCCAAACAUUGGAUGUUCCUUUUCUUUCUUCUUUCCUUUCUUUCUUUGGUUGUUUUAAUUAUUCUGUGGUGGUUUUAAUGAAUUUGAGACAGUAAAGCAGCAGCUGCCUUUUAUUUCUGGCUGCUUUUUGUGAAUAAUUUAAAAAAAAAGAAAAUUUACAUUUUGGAAACAAACCUGUGGGCUUUUUUAUUGGUACAAACAUUGUAUUUAACACUAGGGGUUUUGUACAGUUUUUUGCCUUUUCUACUAGAAAACAAUGUAAAGUGAUUCACAAAUGUGACAAGAAAACAAAUUGCCACUAUGACCAAAUGUAGAGUCUGUUCUGCAGUAACAGGAUUUAAUCAACUCAAAGUCGUGAUUCUGUUGUAGCAAUGCUUUUCUUUAUCUUGUUUGAGCUGUUCCUUUUUUCUUGUUUGGUUUGCAAAACAAAAUGUCUUUUUUGUGUGAAAUUGUGUUGUACUCUGUAGAAAAUUAUGGAUUUUUCUUUAAUGGUUUAAAAAAAUAGAAGCACAUGUUGCUUUUCUGAUCACGGAGUUUGUGUAGUGGAUUUAAAAAUGAAAGUUUUGUUACAAGUUUGGAACGAGCGAAUAUGUAUUAAGGAAUUUUCUUCCUUUUGUGUGUGGUUUCUUUUUGUCCCACUGGGGAACUUAAAGCUGUUUUAAUUGCACAGACACACAGACAAGAAGUCAUUUUGUAUAUGCCAAGUGUGGUACCUCCCUUUGUUUAUUUGCUAUUAAACUGUUUGAGAAGAA